AAAAGAAAAAAGGUGUUAUUAUAAUUUAUAUAUAUCUUUUAAACAAGUUUUAUAUAAAGAAAUUUACACUAAACAAUUAAUCAUUUAAUUUAAACAUUAUUAAAAUAUCACUAAAUUCAUAAAAAAUUAAAUUUAGAAAAUAUUUUCUAAAGCAGUACAGUGAAAUUUUAGUUCAUAACCUCCAAUUUCAUGCAGAUUUUUUGCAUUAAAAUUCGCAUUAUUUAUUAGACAUUUAAUUAAAUAAAUUCUUCUUAUUAAGUAAGUACUACGUUAAGAAUGAAUUUAAACAUAAAAAGACUGAUGAAAUAAUAUCAUUUAGUGUUUUUUUUUUUUUUAUAAUUAUAAUCAUGAGUUACCUUCAUAAAGACUAUAUAAUUGAUUGUGACUAGAUGUAUAGCAAUAUUUUGUCAAAUAAUUUUCUCUGCGGGGAAAAUUCUUAAUGUUAUUUAGUUUUUAAUGUUUAUGUGAGAAUAUAUACACACAAUAAUUUGCACCAUGGUGCUGAGGACAAUAAUUUUGAUGAUCAGCCUUUUGCAUUGUGGAUUUACUUUGAAAAAAUAUGAAAGUCAAGGCUAUUGUGCACCGUACAGUGGCAAAGUUUGCAAAAAAUAUCUUACAGGUAUUGGUAAAGUAUGGUUUAAUGAUACACGUGAUAAUCCCGGUGGAUUGUUAAAUGAACAAACAGCAAUGAAUCUAUGGGAAGAAUUAAUAGUAAAUUUAAACGAACCAUGCCGUUCAGCAGCUGAGAAAAUGCUCUGUCUGUAUGCAUUUCCACAAUGUCGUAAUUCAAUUGGUUUACCAUUAUGUUAUGAAGAUUGUAUGGCCGUUCGUCAUGAAUUUUGUUAUAACGAAUGGGCCUUAAUCGAGGACAAUAAAGAGAGGGGGAUUUUUAUUAGAUCUCGAGGUCAUUUUUCACUGCCAAAUUGUGAAAGUCUUCCAAAAAUAAGUAACGAUCGUGUUACAUGCUCAAAUGUUCAUUUGACUGAUAUAAAUGAAGAUCUCAUUACUUAUGACUGUUAUGAAAAUAAUGGACGAUUUUAUAUGGGGAAAAUAAAUAAAACAAAAGAGGGCCUUGAAUGUCAACCAUGGAGUUCACAGAAACCACAUUCUCACGAUCGACCUCCUAAUGUAUUUCCACAAAUUGUUGAUGGUGAAAAUUAUUGUCGAAAUGUCGGUGGAAAUGAACCGAUGCCCUGGUGCUUUACCAAUGAUCCAAAAAUUCGUUGGCAACAUUGCAAUAUUCCCAAAUGUGAUAAUUCAACGGAUGAAAUUCUAAAAAUUGGUCCCGAUGAUUUAAUAAUGGAUACACUCUUCACUCCAACUGUGAUUCUUACUCUUGCAUUUCUUGGAUUUUUAAUGAUUCUUGGAACGUCUCUUGCUUUAUUGUUAAGUCACAAAAUGCGAAAACGUCAUCAUGGUUAUAAUGCAACUGUAAAUCAGGACAUAAAUAUCGAUCUUGACAAAUUGCCGAGCAACGAUGCAUAUCAUAAAACAGGAGUGAUGCUAAAUCCAAAAUUAGAGAAACUUGAAUUUCCAAGGAACGAUAUUAUUUACAUUAGAGACUUGGGACAAGGUGCAUUUGGUCGUGUAUUUCAAGCAAAAGCCCCGGGUCUUAUUCCAGGCGAUGAAUUUACAAAUGUCGCAGUAAAAAUGCUUAAAGACGAGGCAACUACCGAUCUUUUGGCAGACUUUGAACGUGAAGCGUGUUUACUUUCUGAAUUUGAUCAUCCAAAUAUUGUGAAACUUCUUGGAAUUUGUGCUAUCGGUCGGCCAAUGUGUCUUCUUUUUGAAUAUAUGGGCCGUGGUGAUUUGAAUGAAUUUUUACGCACCUGUUCACCAGGAAAUUAUAUUGUUCGAAGUUUUGAAAACGAUGGAUCAUUUACUGAUUCACGUUUAUCGCAUAUGGAUUUAAUUAAUAUUGCAAGACAAGUUGCAUCGGGAAUGGUUUAUUUGUCGGAUAGAAAAUUUGUUCAUCGUGAUUUAGCAACGAGAAAUUGUUUAAUUAACGAUCAAAUGGUGGUGAAAAUAGCUGACUUUGGCCUAUCGCAAAAAAUUUAUUUACAAGAUUAUUACAAGGGCGAUGAGCAGGAUGCAAUUCCAAUUCGUUGGAUGCCAUUGGAAAGUAUUCUUUAUAAUAAAUAUACAAUUGAAUCGGACGUUUGGGCAUUUGCUGUUUGUCUUUGGGAAAUUUUCAGUUUUGCACUUCAACCAUAUUAUGGAAUGUCACAUGAAGAAGUUGUAAAAUAUAUUAAAGAUGGUAAUGUACUCAAAUGUCCAGAUAAUACACCGCCUGCAAUUUAUGAACUUAUGAAAUUAUGCUGGAAUAGACGACCAUGUGAACGGCCUCAAUUUCGAAAAAUUUUCCUCACUUUGGAAGCAAUUAAAGCUGAUAUGGAAACAGAAAAUAUUUCCGAAAAUCUUCCUAUACGAAUUCAUGUUUAAAAUUAAAAUUUAAUUUUUAAUGAAUAAUUUUAUUAAUUCUGGUCAUUGAUAUACGAGGGAAAAAAUGGAUCGUAAUUUUUUAUUUUCGUUAAAAAAUAAAUUAAAUUUAUUUUUCAUUUUAACUAUUUAUUUGUUUAAAUUUAUAAAUGAAUCCAAAAAUUAAAUUUUAAUUUAAACACUAAAUUAUAUUUUAAACUCAAAAAUGAGACAAGAACUGAUGAAAAAAAAUGAUAAUAUUUUUUACCCUAAAAGACUGCAAAUGAUCCGUCACAAUUAUCAUUGUUUUUGGAAAAUAUUUUGAUAAACAAUCGUUUUUCAAGCACUGCCUAUUUAUAAACAUUUUCAAUGCUGGUGGCUGUAAAUUUUAUGCAUUUUUCUUAUUAAUUUGUUUUUAAUAAGUAAUUUUUAACAAUUUUUUUUUUUCUAAAGAAAGUUGGAAAAUUUUUUUUUCUAACUUGACAAAAAUAGACUGAAAUGAUAUCUAAUCGAGAUCUCGGUGAUGAUUUUUUGAAAAAAUGGGAUUUCUGUUUUUUUUAGAGUCACCACAUCAUUAUAUCAUGUAAAAUUAAUAUCAAAUGUAGAUUUAUAAAACCUAUUUCUAAAAUUGACAAAUUGAUAAACCUGUCAAAUAUAAACAGCUUUUAUAUUAAUUUAAGCUUUACUCUUUAAUUCGUACUUAUUAAUUAUAAUUUUUUUAGUUUGACAAAAUGUUUUUUGAUAAUUAAAUAAAUUUUUUUUUAUUUUCAAGAAUUCUUAUUUAAUUAUCAAAACACAAAUAAAAUGUUUAAUUUUCUCCGAAGGCUCUAAACUUUAUUAAAGCUAAAGUUAUUGCAUGUGUGUUCGCUGUCUUUCUGCUAAAUGUAUAUUUAAAUAUGUUACAUUUAUGAUAUUUCAUAAUUGUUAGGUGUCAGCAUCGUUGAUAUAUAUUAUAAUGCAAAAUAAUAGUAUUAUUAGAAGCAGAUUGUUUCUUUAAUUAAAUGCAAUAAACAACAAAAAAAAAAAAUUGUAAUUAGUUAAAUAAUCAAUCUGUGUGUAACAUUCAGAUAUAUAUCUAUAUUAUUCUAUUAUAUUAUUAAGAACCUUGUUAUGCAAGUACAUAUAUAAAAAAAAACUUAAGAUUACCUGAAACUCACAACAGUAUUGUUAAUCUGUAAAAUCACGAAUUUAGUCGAAUCUCUAUUUAAAAGAAAGAAAACAAAAAACUGGACCCUUAAACUAUUUUUCCAAAAAGCUCUAUUUUUCAAAUACUUCUUUUUUUUAUAUUAUAAAAAAUCCAGUCAAUAAUUUUUUACCUAAAUAGAUUUGAUUCUUAAAAGAAAAAUAGUCUAUAUUUGUAAAUAACUCUAACAAUUUUUUUUUAAAAAGUCAAAAACUUCCAUUUUUAUGUUGGUACUAUAAAAUUACCAUAAAGUUUAUUGGUUAAACAAUAUAUGAAUUCUAAAAGAAUCUUAAUUAAUUAUUAUUAAUAUUUUUAUUAUAUUAUUAUUAUUAUUAUUAUUAU